AUGUUUACUGGUCAGAGAGUUAAGAAUUUUGCAGCCUCGAAGAGUAUUAAUAUGGUUACUUCGACCCCUUACUAUGCACAGGCUAAUGGGCAAGUAGAGGCAGCAAAUAAAAUAUUGAUAGGCUUGAUUAAAAAGCAUAUCGGGAAUAAACCUCAAACUUGGUAUGAGACUUUAAGUCAAGUAUUAUGGGCUUAUCAAAAUUCACCAAGAGGUUCGACAGGAACUUCACCUUAUAAAUUAGUAUAUGGCCAUGAUGCAGUAUUACCAUUGGAAAUUAAUUUGAAUACUUUAAGAGUAUCGAAACAGAAUGAGUUGCCAGUUGAUGAUUAUUGGAAUGCAAUAUUUGACGAGUUAGACGAUUUAGAUUCAGAGCGAAUCUUGGCACUUGAUAAUGUAAUUUGA